AAACAAAACUGAUAUAAAUGGAACGUAUCGAAUUCCAAGUCGAGGUUGUGUAAAAGAAACAUAUUCGAAUAUAAAGUUAAUCUUAAUAAUUAAUUAAUGUUAUCUACUACAUUCCAGUAAAUAUAAAUGUAACUCGUUUCUUGUUUGUUUCAACAAAGAAUCUCGCAAAACUUUCCAUUUUAUAGUUCGUUAUAAAUAAAAAUAAUAAGAUGAGCAUUAAUUGGAUUAAAAUUACAGAAAGAGCUCGUGAAGGUAUAAAAAUUAUCAAUUCUCUCAACUACGAUGUCUUCUGUACUGUGCUAGAUUAUGUCCAUCGUAAUAUGAGCCCUAAUGAGGACCACAACGAACCCGAGAAUGCCCUAGAGCAAUUGGAGAAGCUAGUUGGUGUUCCACGUGCUGAUUUUCUUCUCUUGAUCAAAACAUUCUCGUACAUCCUCAAGAGAACCUCCACAUUUAUCAUUAAGCCGACAAAACUUCAAAUGGAGUUACGCGACAAACUCAAACUAAACGAAGACAAAGUCGAUGCCAUCAUCAAACUAUGGAUCAAGAAUACAAAACCAAUUCUGGACAAUCUCCAAGAGGGCAAAUACGAAUCCAAUGAAAUCGAAGAUGUAGCCUGGAAGCUAAAUGUCCAAAUUUCAUCACAUUGUCAGCAAAAAGAGAAAACAGCUCUGGCAGUGCUCCAACUGAAGACAGUAGCUGGCGAGGACAUCAAUUGGGAAAUGAAUCAUGACGAAUUGCUCAACUUAUACAAUCAGUUCGAGGGAAUCCAAAACGAAUUGGACGCAAUGCGAAGUUCGAAAUAAAACAUCAAAAAUAUUCUUCAACUUGUAUUUUAAUUUUAUUUAAUUAUUUCUUUUCCCCUUUUCUUCAAAUCCUCGCCUAAAAUUUAAUCGCAACAAUACUAAGCACUUAAGUUCCAGCUUUUGUUUUUUUAUUCAUAUAAAUUUGCUUAAAUUUUGUCCUAAAUCACAUUAAAAAAAAGCGCUUUGAAUUCAAAUUUUAGCUUUGCGGUUAGGGGAAAAGUUAGUUACAAAAAUUAUGUGUAUCUAGGUUUUAAAAUUUAUAUCGUGUGUAAUAUUGUUGUUCCAGUGUGUAGUUUUUCUUUAGUAAUAUGCGAAAGCGAUGUGUUUUGUUUUUUUAAUAAACUUCUUCUCUUUGUUUUCAAUCUAUAUCUCGUGUAUAUAUUAUAUAAAAUUUGUUUUCUUAGCAAAUAAAUAAGACACAGUCAUAAGAGUAAUAUAUACAAAAAAAUAUUAAUAAUAAUAAUAAAAUAAUGGUUAUCUAAUUUAA